AUGUUUCUGCAGGACGCCCAAGGCGACCGUCUUCAGUAUGGAAUCACUGCCGCUUGUGGUGCCGGGUUCCUACUGUUUGGUUAUGAUCAAGGUGUAUUCGGUGGUCUCCUUGAUAAUGAGCCCUUUCUGAGGACUUUUGGUUAUCCUGGGACAACAAUUCAAGGCCAGAUCGUGGCGACAUACGACAUCGGCUGCAUCAUCGGUACUCUUGUGUCCAUGUACGUUGGCGACAAACUGGGUCGCAGAAGAUCCAUUUUGAUUGGAUGUGUGAUCUUGAUUAUUGGUGCUAUAAUCCAGACCAGUUCAUAUGGACUCGCACAGAUGAUAGUUGGUCGUGUGGUUGCGGGAGUUGGAAACGGGAUGAACACUAUCGCCAUUCCUAUCUGGCAAGCGGAAACCGCCCGGCCAACAGAUCGAGGAAAACUCAUGGUAUUUCAGCUGGUCACCAAUAUUUUCGGUAUUGUGAUCACAAAUUGGAUGAACUACGGUUUUACCUUCAUUCCAAAUUCGCCCGUGAGCUGGAGAUUCCCGCUAGCUUUCCAAUGUUUCUUCGGCAUAGUGACCAUCUCUCUGGUUCUUGUGACCCCAGAGUCACCUCGCUGGCUGGUUAUGAAGAAUCGUGCUAGCGAAGCCCAGUCUAUUCUCGCUAGACUCCUGGCCAAACCACAUGACGACCCUUUCGUUGCCGGGGAGAUUCAGCACAUGGUAUCUGCAGUCCAGCAUGAGGCUGAAGUACAACAGUCCAUGCCCCUCAAAGAGAUAUUUACUCGCAACAGCAAGCAGCAGACUUUGAGACGCAUUCUUCUUGGCGCCGGGACUGCAUUUUUCCAACAGGUUGGCGGCACGAACGUGAUCGCGUAUUACCUUCCAGUGGUGCUUACACGCUCUGUCGGUCUAUCCCCUCGCAUGAGCCUCAUCCUGUCCGCCUGCGAUUCCAUGUCUUUGAUGUUCUGGGGCGCCGUUGCGGCCCUCUUGAUUGACCGUGUCGGAAGAAAAAGAUUAAUGCUCAUGGGCGUCACGGCCUCUAGCGUAUGCUUUGCCCUUGUCGCCGUGGGUCUACGAUAUGGUGGAACAGACAACAAGGGCAUGUCUAUCAUGGCAGUCGUUUUCAUCUUCGUCUAUUACGUAUUCUAUGGGAUGUCACUGCUCUCCAUUCCUUAUAUUUACCCUGCCGAGAUCAACUCUCAAAAGAUGCGAAAUGUCGGAACAUCCUUUGCGACCACAGUCAAUUGGCUAUUUGUCUACGUGGUAGUUGUGGCCACGCCUACUGCUAUCGAAAGUAUUGGAUGGCGAUAUUACAUGCUCUACGCCAUUUUCAAUUUCUGUUUUAUUCCAAUCAUUUGGUACUUCUACGUUGAGACGGCAAAUUUGUCUUUGGAGCAGGUCGAUAGGCUUUUUGAAAUUAAGUAUGAAGCAGGAAAAGAUAUGAGUUGGGCAGAUGCGACUCGGAUUGCUCGAACCCAAAGCGACGAUUUACAGAUCGAAGGCGAGAAAGAUCUGAGUGCUGAACAUUGUGAGAUUAUCGCGUAG